AAUGGCCCUCAUCCCCAGUCGCUCAAACGCUCCCUUUAUUCCGUCUACCUUUGUUGUAAAAUAUUUAUAAAUGUACAUUUUCCUGCUGAAUAUGUAACGCGGGAAAGGCUCCGGAUGGAUUCCGAUCGAUGCGUCUGAUUGGUUGCGUUUGUUCUCGUUUCUCACGAACCUCUAUGGAAGCGCGCUAACAGCGCGAGCCAGCUAGCGCUCCAGGAGCUAACCGUAGCUAGCAGCUAGCAGCUAACGGCGUGUUCGCGUGUUUUUGUCUUUAAAGAAGAAAAAAGUGAAAGGACUCCUUCGCCGAGAUGACGUCAGCUUCUGCUAAGGUUGGAGAAAUCUUCUCUGCAGCCGGAGCAGCUUUCACCAAAUUAGGAGAGUUGACGAUGCAGCUCCACCCGGUUUGUGACUCCAGCCCAGCAGGGGCGAAGUGGACGGAGACGGAGAUCGAGAUGUUGCGUCUGGCGGUCCGUCGGUUCGGAGACGACUUGAACAACAUCAGCAGCGUGAUCAAAGAGCGCACCGUCGCUCAGAUAAAGAGCACCGUGAAGAGGAAGCUGUACGAGGACAGCCGGGUCCCCAUCGCCGCCGACGCGCCCAAGAAGACCGCCAAGAAGCCCGCCGUGACGACGGGGCCGGGCGCCGCGCCCGCCAUGGUUUCCGUGUCGACUUCGCAGGUCGUCGUGGCGACAGGCAUGCAGGGCGGCCCCUCUCUGGCCCCUCCCCUCAAGAAGCAGAAGACGGCAGACGUGACCCUCAGCGCUCUGAACGACUCUGACGUGAACAGCGACCUCGUUGACAUCGAGGGACUCGGAGACGCUUCCUCCAGCAAGAAAAUCAACUUUGACCAAGAGAGCCUGAACUUGGACUCCAGCCUCAUCAUGAACUCCAGUGACCUCCCGCUGCUGUCGCGCUGACCUUUGACCUCUCGGCUGUUUCCUCAGUCUACGUUUAAAUUACUUGCGUCUGUUGAUUUUAAAGUUAAACAUUGAAUCAUCCAAGAGACCAAAUUCUUACAACUUAUUGAUCUUUUUACUUUACGCUUCGUCCUCUUUGGAUUUUCCCGCAUUAACGUUUGUUUUGCUUUUUGUUCGACAUAAUUAUGUUUUCAUCAACGAGUUUUAGUCUGAAAACGUUUAAAUCCGACAACGUAGAACUUUUAUCAUGAAUAAUAACAUGGAACUUUAUUGUGAAGAACGUGCUCUCUGAACCCUCAAAGACUCUUCUACUGCACAUUUGAAUUAAAUGUAAAAUACUUUUUAGAAUUCAGGAAAAAAAGAAACCGAUUUAAAAUCUCUUUUCUACUUGACAGGAAAUAAACGUUUUUUACAACGA